CUUUCAUCCACCAUUCUAUAAUUUCCUUCACGGCAGACGUGAAUAAUAGAAAUAAAGCAAGGCGCGAAAGGCGCGAAAGGCGCGAAAGGCACGAGAGGCGCGAAAGGCGCGAGAGGCGUGAGAGAAGCAAAGCCGUCUUCUCGACUCUGGACUGGUUGAGUUACUCAUACGGGCUACUCUAGGUUACAGCAGCACCGGGUCAAGCAACUGCCAUACUACCUCAAGUUCAAGUUGCCAAGAGCCGCGUCCGUGACUGAAACAGAUAUAGACGACUAAGUCGGUGGCUAUCGCGCAAUCAGGAUGGCUACAGGGAAGAGGAUAUUAGUCGCUGUCGACAACUCUCAAGAGGGCUCACACGCGUUCCACUGGUCGCUGACCAACCUGGCUGCUGACUCGGACGCGCUUCUCCUGCUGCACGUGCGCCCGCCCGUGGCGGAGAUGUUUGACCGCGAGAGCAUCUACCUGGCGAGCGAGGAGGUGUACGCGCUGCAGCGGCAGCUCAGAGCGGACUCGCAGCAGCUGCUGGACGGCCUUGCUCAUGCUGCCACACACGGGCUCGAGGGCGUGCAGGUGGAGUGUGUGUCAGAGGAGGGCGACCCCAGGGAGGUGAUCCUCAGCGAGGCCAAGCGCCUGGCGGCUGACCUCAUCGUCGUGGGCAGCAGAGGGCUGGGCGCCGUUAGCAGGCUUUUUCUUGGGAGUGUGAGCGACUAUCUUGUACACCAUGCAGCAUGCCCCAUCGUGGUCGUCCGAUUGCCUGGUUAAAGUACAGUCCAGCGCAACACUCACAUUACAAUUUACAAUACCGUAUGCCCAUGUUUGUACCGUAAUCCCCUGGACAUAACACCCGCCGAAAUUAAGCACCCACUGGUGUUAUAUUCGGGGAGAGUGUUUUAUUGAAGAAUCCGCAAUUAUACACCCUCUUUUUGAGGGUUCCGGGAGAGCACCCCCCCCCCCCCCCCUUACCAUUAUAAAUACAGCAACAAAUACGUAAUCUUCAUGCUACUUUUGUCAAAUUAUAUAAAUAUAUAUAUUGUUUAGGCUUGGUAGUUGUGCUACUUGCUGGAUCCUACUGUAGAGGGGGCAACCCCCCUUCUUGUACCUCGUUCCGUAAUGUUCUGUUAAAUUAUUUAGGUUAUAUAUAAUUGUUAUAUAUAAUUGUAGGCUUGGUAGGUGUUACUGAAACCUACUGUAGAGGGUACAAC